GAUGCACAUACAAGUCGACACGUGUCACAGGCGAAGGUCUGCUCGGGCCUUGCCACAUUUUUUUUUUACUACGUAAAAAGGAAUUCACUUUUACCGAUUCUGUCGGCUUCGGUUGGAACACCAUGUACAAAGUCUUAGUGCUAGUUUUUGCGGUUGUGGCCGUCACGGCUCUGCCAGCAAGCAAUGAAAAAAACGGAAACGAAGAUGAUCCGAUGGCAACCAUGUACUCCGACUGUCUCAAAAAGGAAUCGGUCAGCUGUAUCAAGUACAAGGUCUUCAGCUUUGUUGACAAGAUGCUUGCCGACAAGGAUGACAUCACCUUAAGUGACGGGGUCACCGUGAUCAAAACUUCGAAUGCUGAAGAGGGUGCUCCAAGGCACAUCGAAGGAACUGACAUCGAUACCUUGCUCUUUGACCGGCUGGGAAGAUUUUUGAGAACGCAUACCGUUAAGGUUGACCUUAAGGGCAGUGAUAUCCUCGGAGUCGUUGAGUCGGCCGGCCGCAGUCUGGAAGACAUCAGCGACAGCGUUGGUGAUGCCCGUGGAAAAAAGAAGAAGGCUGCGAAAAUUCUUGGACCACUUCUCAUGAUCAUGGCCUUGAAAAUGGCGGCUCUGAUCCCACUGGCGAUGGGCGCAAUUGCUCUGAUCGCUGGUAAAGCUCUCCUUAUCGGCAAGAUCGCUCUUCUCAUAUCGGCCAUAAUUGGCUUGAAGAAGCUUCUGGGUGGUCAGCAGAAGACGGUCACGUACGAGGUAGUUUCUCAUCCUCAUCACAGCAGCUCACACGUAAGUCACGACGAUCCUCACGGCGGUGGCGGCGGCGGAUAUAGCAGUGGUCCCGACUUUGGAGGAUAUGGCGGAGGUGGUGGUGGCAGCAGUGGCCACGGAUGGGCCAGAAGUCUUCCUCAGGAUGUUGAGACCGCGCAAGAUAUCGCUUACCGCGCGUACGUCCCUCAGCCUGCGCGUUAUCGCUCAUCGUCAAGCAUGGGGCACUUUCCGCGCUACGUCGUCCUCGCUCUCUUCAUCGCGAUAGCAUCAGCACGAUCACCAGAACUGGAUGGCAACUCGAUCGAAGAUUCAGGGAGGUCUUCAAACGGCGUAUUCGGUGACAUUCAAUAUGUGUACCAAAUAUACAAGGAGUGCUCCUCGGCUGACCUCAGCUCUUGCCUCAAACUGAAGCUGAUCGGUGCAAUGGAUAGAAUCUCCAGGAGCUUGGACAUUAAUCUGUCAGACGGCAUCACUUUGACCAAGGACAACGGAUUGGACGCGGAGCCGUUGACGAAAUCCGAACGGGAAAUUGAAGCAGAUCUUCCCAGAGCACUUGAGGAGAAAGAAGAUGCCCUCAAUUCCAUAAUCCUCGACAAGGUUGUAAACUUCUUCCGAAGCCACACCCUCAAGCUAAAGUUACCGAACAUCGAUGAGCUCCAGAGGAGCUUUACAGAGGAGGGUCGUAAGAAGAAGAAGAUGGGUGAACUGAUGGCCAUCCCCUUGCUCAUCGGCGGCACGCUGAUACCAUUGGCUCUAGGUGCUCUAGCUUUACUUGCCGGAAAGGCUUUAAUUGUCAGUAAACUCGCCCUCGUUCUUGCAUCCAUUAUUGGCCUGAAGAAGCUCGUCUCCGGCGGCGGUGAUGGCGGUGGCCACGAAGUUGUGCAAGUAGCUGGAGGUCAUGGUUCCAGUGGGUGGGCAAGAUCGAGCCAUGACAUCGCCUACUCAGCGUACAAGCCGCAUUCCGCCUAGACCAUUCAUAAAGUUUCCGAAAUUCUUCGUGCCUGAAGAAGAAGAUGGUACAUUCCUCGUUCUCGACACGCAAGUGUAAAAUGCGAGGUUAAUUAUCCUUCGCUGGAAAUACUCUAUCGACUAUAUUAGAGACUAUUCUCACUCAAAUGAUCAUAAGACUUUCAUCCAUAAACGUUAUGAAAAAGACCUUAUAUUACCUUCACUUUUGUUAUCUCAUACUUUCGCACAUAGCAAUAAAUAUUUACUCAUUCGUUCUUUUAUAGAUUUACUUCACUCGUCAUUUCAGCCUUUUCUAUGUUCUUUUGAUACUUGUGCAUAUUUCAUUAUCAUUAUCGUAAAUUGUGCUUUUUCAAGCACUGUGAUUCAACGUUACUCUCAUGAAUUUCUCUCGCGUUUCUCUUCCUGCUCCGUUGACAUAUUCUAUAUUUGUAUUUAAUCAUUGUUGUUUUAUUCGUUGAAACUACUCUUAUGCUCAAACGCCUUCAGUAUUUAAUUAUGAUUAAUUAAUUAAUUUAUAACUAUGACCGUCUAAUUAUACGUAUAUGGAUAUGUAUAUAGAUAUACACACACACGAUGUAGAUGUUUAAUAAAUUGAAGAAUUUUGUAAAUGUACCUGUGUAUCUUCGUAACGUUGUACCUUUCGUUCUUGUAUCAGGACAAAUGCAUUCAACUAAUAAUAGAGCAAGAGCAAAGAAAGAAGAG